CGCCGUGCAGAGAGCGCUUCCUCGAAUCAUCAGCCUGCAUGUAGAGGCCAGGAGACGCGCAUGGCAGCUGCAAGCGGCCAGUUUGGUUUGGUGUUUGCUGGGGACAGGAGCAUGGUCAAGCGGGACGAGCGAACGAUCAUGACGGCGUGUAUUAGCCCCAUCAACGUCAAGCACACGUCGAUCUUUGACGACAAGAAGGCACCGGACUCGCUCGCGUUCCACCGCAAGGUCGCGCCGCCCGACUCGAUCGCCGUGCACCGCAAGCACCAAGCGCCGCCGCCUGACUCGAUGGCCAAGUACCAAUACACGCCGCCGUCCGAGACGCGCCGUCCACCCGACUCCCUCGCGGGGCACCAACAGGGACGCCCGGCGGCCGCCAGCUACGCCUCGUCCCGGCGGAAUUGGCUUUUCGACUACCAAUCGACGGCGUCCUCGCAGGCGUAUGGAAGUGACGCCCACAGCUUUACGCCAAUGAGCGCGUACGACGAUGACGACGGCCAUCGCAUGCCAAAGGCCUAUCCCAUGUACAUGGCGCCCAACUCGACCGACGACAUUCGUUUGCACCAGUACCGGUCCAAGCACGUGCGCCUCGACCAGACGCACUCGGCUUCCGACAUCCAGCAGCGCUAUGCGCUCCUUCGGCGCACUGCAACGUUUGAAGAGAAGCUCUCGACGGCCAUGAGUCGCAUUCCGCGCGACCUCCGCGGCGCGCCCAAGAAGGCCAAUCCUGCGUCCACCAAGCGCGUUCAAUUUCUUGACGAAUAUGUUGUCGAUGCGCCACCAACGCGAGGGCGUGUACGCCGGAGCAGCUGCUAACACGAACGCUGAGUUGUAUUGUCAAACUGGA